AAGAUGUGGCGGACUGAGACUCGUGCGGCACGUAAGGCGAUACUGGAAGUAGCUCCGAACACAUCCCGCCUCUGCAGUCUUACUGGCAUGAUGAACGUGUAAAUUCUGCAAGUGGGAGGAUACCGUCCAUCCCGGUGACCCCUUUUCUGGACGACAGUAGGACUGCCCCGCCAUGUCUUGCCGCCACGUCAACUCCGGCGGCUACCGGUGCUCGCGGGCUUCCCUCCCGGCACACCGCGGCUACUGCCGCCAGCACGCGUCCCUGCUCCACCUCCCGCCGCCGGUACCCGCCCCGUCGCAACCGUCCCGCCGGGGCGGCAGGGGGGGCGGAGCCGGCAGACCGGUGGCGACACCUGCGGCCGUGACUGUGACUGUGCCUGUGCCGCACAGUGCACCUGAGGCGAGGCGACGGAGCUCUUCCGUCGGGCGCACGCCGACCGUCGAACAACUUCUCGCCCGCAUAGACCGGCUCCGUGCUUCCUCUCCGAGUGCAGAGUCGGCGUGGUCGGAAGACAGCGACCACGAGACGCCGACACUCGGAUCGUCACGGCAGUAUGCUGGUAGUGGGUGCACCGGAGACUCGUCGGGGGCGGAAUCGGGCCCGGAAGGCCUGGAGCCCGUGGACCUCCUGCACCACGCCGGCGUCUACACGGCGGAGGAGGCGGCCCUGCUCGCACGCGACAAGCUGGUGCGGCAGCAGGCUCUCUACAUACAGCAGUUUUCCAGGUUACAACACCUACUGCGCGAGGGUCGACGCAGAUACUUACACGAGCUGAAACUGGAACGCCAGGCCGAAGCCGACGCGGCAAAGGAACGUCAGCUCGCGGCAGAGGCCGGGGACGAGAACUCGGAGCGGACGGGCCUGUCGGAACGGGGUUCCACGUCGGAUGCGGUCCCCGGCAGGAGCAGUGGACGGGGCACACCGCAGCGGAGCCAGUACGACGCGGAGGAGAAGCUGCGCGCCACGUGGCGCUACCACCGGCACCGCGGGGUGUGCGCGGUCCUGCGCCGCAAGUCGUGGGAACGGCGGGCCGACACCCCUGCCCCUCCGGGACCGCGCUGCACCCACACAGAAGGCGGCGUCAGGUGCAGCGAGCGAUGCCUUCCGGCGAGCAAGUACUGCCUAAAGCACAUCUUAAACGACCCAAACCAGAUGCUCUACGUCCCCUGUGUCGGCCGCCGUAACUUGACCUUGGAGCAGCGUGAUGAGGAAUUUUCCAAAAGCAGGAGGAAGGCACGCCGUACUUCGACUGGUAGCAGAGCCAGUGGUGCCAACACGAGCAGACAACCCGUAGUGAAGAGUUGCCGGACCAGCGCACGAGCGUGUGCGAGGGGCAUCAAUCCCGCAGUCGCGGCAGUGCUGGCGGCGAGAGGCAGGGCCGUUUCCGCCGGUAGGAUGGCUGCGUCGAGGUCGAGGGCGGCUGCCGCCGGCCGUAAGGAGGCGGCGGCCAGAGCCGCGACCCCCAGGCCCAGGAAGAGGGGCGCGGCCGCCCGAGCGGCUCCCGCCAGAUCUACUCCCGCGAGACCUGCUCCCGCCAGGCCUGCUCCCGCCAGAUCUGCUUCCACCAGGGGAGCUCCCGCCAGAGCGGCUCGUGCCAGAGCUGCUCCCGCGAGAGCCGCACCCGCCAGAGCCGCACCCGCCAGAACUUCCCCCGCCAGAGCUGCUCCCUCCAGAGCGAGAUCUGUUCCCGCCGAGGUGGAGAAAGCCCGCUCGUCCGAGGGCUCGGCUGCAGUCGUGGCGGCCGGUACUUCAGGAAGGGCACGCCCCUUCGGGUCGGCGGACUCGGUCACCCGACAGAGAGUACCGAAGACGGAAAAGGCGGCACAGGUCGCCGCCACUGUGAAGAACGAGGAUGCCGCCACAGGAAGUGCACGUACUUUUAAGACAGUAGACGUGCACACCCCGAAGAAAGUACCGAAGACGGAAAAGGCGGCACAGGUCGUCGCCACUGUGAAGAACGAGGAUGCCGCCACAGGAAGUGCACGUACUUUUAAGACAGUAGACGUGCACACCCCGAAGAAAGUACCGAAGACGGAAAAGGCGGCACAGGUCGUCGCCACUGUGAAGAACGAGGAUGCCGCCACAGGAAGUGCACGUACUUUUAAGACAGUAGACGUGCACACCCCGAAGAAAGUACCGAAGACGGAAAAGGCGGCACAGGUCGUCGCCACUGUGAAGAACGAGGAUGCCGCCACAGGAAGUGCACGUACUUUUAAGACAGUAGAGGUGCACACCCCGAAGAAAGUACCGAAGACGGAAAAGGCGGCACAGGUCGUCGCCACUGUGAAGAACGAGGAUGCCGCCACAGGAAAUGCACGUACUUUUAAGACAGUAGACGUGCACACCCCGAAGAAAGUACCGAAGACGGAAAAGGUGGUGCAGGUCGCCGCCACCGUGAAGAACGAGGAUGUCGCCGCGGGAAGAGUACGCACCUUCGAGUCGGUAGAUGUGGACGUCCCGAAGAGAGUACUCGAGCCGGAAAAGGUGAAGAAGGUCGCCGCCACUGUGAAACGCGAGGAUGUCGCCGCGAUGAGACCGCGCACCUUCGAGUCGAUAGACCUGCGCACCCUGCAGAGUGUAGUAGAGUCGGAAAAGGCGGCGCGGGCUGCCGCCGCUGUGAAGAAUAAGGACGCCGCCGCUUUCGCAGCCGCUUUGGGUGUGGAGAAGACGCCGUCUCUGGAGAAACUGGUGCGGCGGAGGAAACUCGCCCGGAUGGCGGACGCAAUCGAGAAGCGCGACGCGGCCGCCCUCCUGGCCGCCAGGACGUCCGGCAGAAAGUCAGAGAGUUCUUCGGGGAAGGUGGCAGUGUCGGAGGAAAUCCGAGAGGAGUCGACCCGAGAAGUGACCGUCGACUCUAAAAAGGUCGCAGCUCCGGCAGCCGUGCCGCAGUCAGAAGGAGCGGCGCGGCCGGUGUCCGCCUCGAAAUCCGAAGGUGCGGCGGCAGUGCUCGCCGCACUGAAGUCGAAGGACGCCAGGGCGGUGGCGGCCGCACUCGGAGCGAAGGGUGCCGCGGCACUGGCCGCUGCCCUCGAGCCCGAGCGCACUCCGGCCGAGUCCGGGAGUCGGUCGGUCGUACCCGACGGGGCCACGGUAAGACUCCCGUCAGCUCGGUCUCAGAGUCUCGAAAGUCUAGAGGUGGCGAAAGCACUGGCCGCUCUGAAGUUCAAGGACUCUGCUGCACUGCUGGAUUCUCUCAAACCUGCAGACCACGCGACUCUGAUGGCCGCCGUCAGGACCAGGGACAAGAGCGUCAUCAUGGCAGUCCUCAGGUCGGAAGGUGUCGCACCGGUAGUAGCCGACUUGAGGGCGAAGGGCCUGCUCGUGCCGUCGAAAUCUGAGGCCGCGAACCCGGUGACGACCGAGGGCGGACUCGCGACGACGACCGUCGUCCCGAAGGACUCGGCCGCGUGCGGGGGUGUCUCCGUGACCCGCAGACCCGGAGGCGCGGCGACGAGGUCCGUUACUGCAGAGUCCCGAGAUGCACGUGCGGUGGUUUCGGGCGACCGGGCGGCCACGGUGGCCGCACUGAAGUCUAGGAAAGCGGGCGCUGUGGCGGCCGCUCUCAGGUCGAGGAACUCUGCAGCCGCGUCUGCCGCGCUCGAGUCCGGGCCGACGGCGAUCUCCCUCGGGUCGAAAGCUGUCGGGGCCCGCGGGCUCGCACUGAAGGCGAAAGUGCCGGCCGGUGCGAGGAGGAAGAGUGCCGCAGCCAAGGCGGCCGCGGCCAAGCUCAAGGCGGCCGCACUGGCGGCGAGGAAGGCGGAGAAGAGGGAGCGCUGCCAGGAACCCGUGCUGCGCGUGUUCGAGAUGGACAUGCGCUGCCCCUGGCACACGGUGUACGUCCCUGGCGACCGACACGCUACCGAGGGUAAGGUGGGAAUUGCCGGAGUGCUGAAGGAGGAAGUAAAGGUGCCGAAAGGAGAGCCGGGCGAGGACUGCGAGGCCACGUGUUUUGGCCCCGCGAACAAGAAAAUGAAGAUGGAGUUAGACGAACUGACGCCUAACAUUGGUGGCAUUAUAGAGGAAGUGGAAAUGAAGAUGGAGACGAACGACGAGGUGGCAGACGAUAUGGCCAGUGUGAGCGGCAGCGGCAACCACGCGGACCUGUCGACCGAGUCGACGCUGUCGGCGACGUCUCCUCGAGCUGACGAAGACAUAGACGACGACUGCCGGGAUGUGGACAUGGACAUGGAUGUGGGGGAGGUGAUGCUGCAGCCGCCUCCGGGGGCAGACGAAGCUGACCUCGUGGCGGUGGCACAGGGCGUCGCCAUGGUCGGGGCGGAGGAGGAAGUUGCCGGUCUACAGGAUGAAGAUUCACUUACAAAUCCACCAGUUGCUGUUGACGAAGUAGAGAUUUCCUAAGAACACUGGAUUGUGUGCAGUACAUUCUCCACGCCACAGAAGAUACAGUGUUGGACUGUUGCAGAAUGAUUUAUUUAUUUUGAAUGUCAUGAAUUCUGUGUAGGUACUCAAGAAAUUGGCAAUGACUAUUGAAAGGAUUUGUGUGCAGCAGCUGAGCUGUGAUCUGACACUCUUGUAUGCCAAUUUGCCAUCUUGUAGUGCCGUCAAGAAGCUUGCAUAUUGGAUGUAAUGGAAGAGUCUAUUUGUGGCGGGUACACAUUCGCAUACCUGUGCAUGCGCUUCUGUCUCCACUGUAUCCUUAUUUCUCAAACGUGUCAGGUGCAACCAAAAGUGAGUUAUCCUGUAAUCAUUCCAUACCUCUCCCAUCCCCUUCCUCAUAUACCUGUGAUCUCAUUGCUUACUUCUACAACUGGAAGUUAACCCAUAGUUCUUGUUCGCAUGGUCCUUUUUUUUUUUUAACAGAAGAUAAUGGCAUAAUGUAGCUUGUUGUAACUAGGAUUAGAAGACAUAUAUACUAAUAUAGUAAGCUGAUAGUAUGUUUUCACAUAGCUGUUGUCACAAGUUACGGAGAAAUUAGUCGAGUUUUGGCAGGACGGAGAACAAUCUUUUAUUUUCUAGUAUUGCUGUUAUUGCUAAUACUGUGGAACCGGGGAAAUGAACUGUGAUUACUGUUUUCACCUCCCCGAGAACCCACCGAGAGAGAGUUACUCUUUUUCUGUGUUUGUAUAUUUUGUGAAAGAAGGUUUGGGCAUUGUAAUUGUAAGUGUGAAAUACUCUUUUCUCAUUAAUUGUUGCAAAUGGUGCGUGUUUUCCUGUAAGUGUAGGAACAGUUUUUUUUUGUUAAAUUUACUCAGAAUGAUUUAAUCUGUGACUGACGUUUGGAAGUCUGUGCAUUGUCUGCUCUCAUCCUGCCUUGUUGACUGAAAGUGAAAAGUACUCAAUUUGUGUUACUGAUCAGAAGAAGAAUGCAGAACUGAUUGUUUCUUUUCAUUAUUAUUGUGUAGUAUUUAUAUAGUGAGAUGCUUGCUUUCAGAUGUUUCUGUGUGAGUGUACUUUUUCCAUUUCUCUAUCUUCGUGGUAAAAUGAACAUUUUUCUCCAGUAUUUGAUUAGCUUUGAUGUUGUAUUACCCUAUCAAUAUUUAGAGAAUGAAUAUAAUUAUACCCUUGUCAUAAAUAAACAGAUCCUUGUCUCCUCUAAAUCAGACACGCCUUCCCCCAUUUUGCCAUUACACCUUACGCUACAUUGAUGUUUGUAAGAGAAAAUAUAGUAUUAAGGUACUGUUGUUUCUGAAAGUAUGUGACAUAAUUUGAGCAAGUUCUUGAGUUGUAGGCAGCUUCUGACGUAGCUAGCAUUAGAACUGCAUUGUACUUUUUUCAAAGUCAUACAUUAUAUAUUGGUUUUGUUUCACCCAAUUGAUCACAAUGCUGUUCUUUGUGGCAGUAGUAAUGUAAAUUAUAAACUAGCACAAUUUCAUUACUAUUGCAAUUUUCUGCGUAAGUUUUGUCUUGUAGUUACCAGAUGCACGGCUGUAAAUAUUUUGACUAAAUUUAUGACACUGUGGAGAAAUUCUGUUAUCUGUGGCCUUAACUAAGGGGGCCCAAAUACUUCAGUCUUUUGUCUGAGAUUAAUUUUCCAUAACUGUAGAUGUUUGCUGCCAUGUAGCUUCCUGGGAGUGGCUUUGUAUAUUUGUACUCUUCCUGCUUCUGUUCUCACCACCAGUUUUGAGUGUAAGGUGAUAAAUAUUAAAGGGGAACGGCGUGGUGAGAGACAUUCUUGAUCUCAUUUUGGAGGGAUUUAUGCCAUAAUUGAAUGCGAAUCAGAAUUCUCACAAUUAUGUUUUUCAUUCUGUUUCCUUCUUUUAUUUAGAAGCAAUAAAGACCACUCAAUAGUUGUAUGUAUUCUCCUUCCAAUAGUAGUCAAUGUUCUAUGUGAAUUGUAAUGUAUUUUUCUGAUGUACGUAUUUAUGUUAAUAUACACAUUUCAUUACUGCUUAAUGCACAUUCUCAGUAAAGCAUCUGAUGCAAGCGGCUGAAUCGAUAGAAAUUGAAUGCUGUAGAUCAAUAUUGACUGCUUUCUGGUUGUUGCCAACUUUACUCGUCAAAUAACACUGUGAUUAGUAUGUCCGUGUCUAAAAACUCUUGUAAGUGAUACACUGAAUUAGCAGUCACUAGCACAUAGUUCGAAAUCCUCUUAUUUAUUGACAUAUUGAGUGCAUUAAAGUUGGUUUUAACCAGAAGACAGUCAGUACCACUCGACGUACUUACAUUUAUGUCGAUUCGGCUGCUGUCGUCAAGUGUCUCAUCAGGAGUUGACUUAGAGUGUGCAUGUAGUACCUAUUAUUGUCAGCACUGUUUGUUGUAAUUAUAUCUUGAAUGUUGCCAGUAACUAAUAGCUGUAGAUACCACCCUGUACACACUGAUUUAUUACAAAAAAUGUUGUGUUCUUUAUUUUUAUUAUCUAAAGUUUCCAUUAUGUAUUUACCUGUAGUAAUUAUACAAGGUGUUAAUAAAGUUUUCUUGGCUUGCAGAA